UUCAGCUGUGUCACGCACCGUCCAGCCUGCACCGCACGCGCUCACUCAGCAACACGUCCUCCAGGAAACCAGACCGAGCUUCAGCCCCGGUGUGUGUGCGUGUGUGAGAGUGUGAGUGUGUGAGAGAGUGUGUGCUGCAGCGGGCCCGGUGCCGGUGCUGGAGGUCUAAUGGCAGGUGUGAGGAGCGGAUCAGGAGCGAGCACGAGACACCUGGCAGCCGUCACUGUCCUCGCGCUGCUGCUGCUGCUGCUCACCUGCAGCGUCAGGUCCCACAGUCCCAAAGCCAGCAACAUCAUCCUCAUCCUCAGCGAUGACCAGGACGUGCGUCUGGGCGGGAUGACGCCCAUGAAGAAAACUAAAGCCUUAAUAGGAGACGCAGGAGCAACUUUUGUGAAUGCUUUCACAGUCACGCCGCUGUGCUGCCCCAGCAGGAGCAGCAUCCUGACGGGUCAGUACCCCCACAACCACGAGGUGAGGAACAACUCGCUGUCUGGGAACUGCUCUAGCGUUCUGUGGCAGAAAGGCCCCGAGUCCACGGCCUUCCCCUUCCACCUCAGCAAACAACAGUACCAGACGUUCUUCGCUGGGAAGUACCUGAACCAGUACGGUAAGAAAGAUGCAGCAGAGGUUGGCCAUAUUCCACCUGGCUGGGACCAGUGGCACGCACUGGUGGGGAACUCGCUGUACUACAACUACACACUGUCAGUCAACGGCAAAGAGGAAAAGCACGGAGACAGUUAUGAGAAGGACUACCUCACAGACCUCAUAGCCAACCGGUCCCUGUCCUUCCUGGACAACAGGAGCCCCCAGCAUCCCUUCUUCCUGAUGCUGUCCCCUCCAGCUCCUCACUCCCCCUGGACAGCAGCACCGCAGUACCAGAAAGAGUUCAGCAACGUCAAAGCCCCUCGAGACGGGAGCUUUGACAAACCAGGGAAGGACAAACACUGGCUGCUGCGUCAGCCUGUUAACCCCAUGCCAAACAGCUCCCUCAACUUCCUGGACAGUGCUUACAGGAAAAGGUGGCAGACCCUGUUAUCUGUGGACGACAUGGUGGAGCUGCUGGUCAAGAAACUGGAGAGUAUAAAGGAGCUGAACAACACCUACAUCUUCUACACGUCAGAUAACGGCUACCACACAGGUCAGUUCUCUCUGCCCAUUGAUAAAAGGCAGCUGUAUGAAUUUGACAUCAGGGUUCCGCUCAUGGUCCGAGGUCCUGGCAUCAAACCAAACCAGACGUUGCAGGCUCCAGUGCUGAAUAUCGACCUGGCUCCAACCAUACUGGACAUAUCUGGUGUCAACCUGUCCUCUGUGAAUGUGGAUGGGCAGUCUUUCCUCUCUCAGAUGGCCCCGUCACUGCGUAAUGGCACUGCACGUCCCUUUUUCCUUGUUGAAUACACCGGAGAGGGACAUCCAACGCCGGAUCCUGCUUGUCCUAAACUGGGCCCUGGAUUGUCUCAAUGUUUCCCAGACUGCGUGUGCGAAGACGCCUACAACAACACAUACGCCUGCGUCAGGACCCUCACCAAAGACCAGGACCUACAGUACUGCGAGUUUGCAGACAGCGAGUCGUUUGUAGAAGUGUACAACCUGACGUCAGACCCCCACCAGCUGGAGAACAUUGUGAAGAAGGUGGACCCGGCCAUCCUGCAGGCGAUGAACCAGCGGCUCAUAAAGCUCCAGUCCUGUCAGGGCGACAGCUGCAGGAAUGUCAAGUGAAGAGGAGGCAACAGGAAGCUGCCAAACACAGACUGCUUCAUGCUCUCAGUGGAGGAUGCGGUUGGUUUAUCUGACUGUUUAGUCUGAUUAGGGCAACUGUUGUGAUCGUUGGAGGCGUUUUCUUAACCAUGUUUUCCAUUUUGACCAGUCUCAGAAAGAAAAGCACAGGUGUGAAAUCAUAAAAUUACCGCUGGCUGGAUUCUGUUUGGCUGCUUCAGUUUCUGGGUCCUGGUGUUGUGCAUGCUGGUUCACUGUCACACUGUCAUGGUAUACUGAGACGCUUGAAUAGAAAAGAGCCACGGUUAAAGUUCAGUUUUGGGAAAUACACUUUCUCCUGCAGAGAAGUAGAUGUUCAGAUCGAUACCACUCAUGUCUGUGCGGGAAAUAUUAAAGGGAUUGUUGAUAUUUGUGGGGUGGGGUUGUAUUAGGUACUCUAAAGUCAGUGUAUUACCUACAGUAGAUGUCAGUUGUGAUGUGCCCAGCUUGGAGAAGCAGUCUGACAUGGACGCUAAGUAAUCUUCUGCUGUGGACGAGGGCAGCAGCAAAAUGUAUUUCAGCCACCUUAAAAAAAUCUGUAGCAAUUUAAGUGUGCACUAUAUCGAGAGUAUUUUCUUUACCUUUUCGUUAGAUAACCCAUUCCAGUGAAGAAGCCAUUAGCGGCUCCAGUUCCCCAUCUAUGCUCUCGUCAAAGCCUCCAGACUCCAUUGACAAAAAUAGUCAUUUUAGCGUGCUGAACACAGGAGCUGCUGAUCUACUGCUGCUUCAAUCAGUUAGUUAGUUUGUGUUAUUGUGUGGUGAAUCUGAACUACCUGGCUGACGGGGGCAGUGGUAUAGCAGCAGCUCCUGUGUUCAGCAGUGUUAAAUCACUGUUUUUCUCAAUGGAGUCUGGUUCUGCGCAGAGUGAUUUAAUGGCUUAAUUUUCCCAUAGGAGCAGCGAAAACAUCCCAAAUGUAGUGCACUUAAACUGAUAUUGAUUAUUUUAGGUUGGACUUUUUUAGGUAGCUAAAAUAUGUUUUGUUGCGGCUCUCGUCCACGGCAGUUCAUGGCUUAGCUUCCAUGUCAGACUCCAGGAUGCUUCUCCAAACUGAAGGCGUAUCGACUGACAUCUACUGUAUGUAGCACACUGUCUACCUCAUACAACCCAACUUCAAAAAAUCUGAACUGUCCCUUUAAGCUACAGCCAGCAAAUGGUUAGCUUAGCUUUGCCUAAAGACUGGAAACAUGGAGAAACAGGCAACCUGGCUCCGUGCAACCGCGACAAAAUGUUCCUACCGCCACCUCUGAAGCUAAUGAACGUGUAAAAACAACACAUCAGCAUUAUACAUGGAGUCAUGUGUCGCACUUUUUUGCUCUGAAAAGAAGAAAUAGUUACUUUUAAUUUUACAUGUUUUAGCACGGACUCCUCACCAGAAAGCAAAUUUCCCAAAAUGUCGAACUCUUCCAUUAAUGUUAUGACUGCUGUAAAACUUCAAUCAGAAGCCAGGUCCUAAUUAAACUCCCAGUCGCUUUUACUAGCCUGGUGAGGCUACACAUUUUGACAAGUAAAGGCCUGUCUCAAUUAGAGGCCUGGGGUCUCAUUUAUAAACGUUGCGUACACAAAACAAGGCCUGACAGAGGCGUACGCCACUUCUCAUGCAAAAGUUGUAAUCUGUAAAAAACAGACUUAAUGGGAGAAACUUUGACCCAUACUUACGAACAUUUGGAGACAGGAUAUUGGCGACGCAGAUGGUGAGGUGGAAGCCCGACUGGAGAAACUGUUGAACAUUUUUUGGUGCAUGCCAUUUUUUGGCUUUUGUCCAUAUGUACUUUUUUAGUGUGGAUCCUACACACUGUUUUAUAAAUGAGACCCCUGGUCUAGAAGUUCUCCACAUGUAUAAAACCGGAUUGUUGGCUACCUCAAAUUAUGUGUCCAUUCCUGGACACCCUGUAAAUUACUCAUGUUCUUUUAGUCGAGUGUCGUAACUCACUCUCUCUGACAGUUGGUCUGUAGGAUUCAUAAUUGAUAUAGUAUCUGCAGCCUAACUUUCAUACAGGUAUUAUUCAUACUCGUUCAAAUAAAUAAUUUGAUGGUUUUUCCUGAUCUUUGCUGAGCAACAGAUUUGUGUGAAAGAAAUUAAAGACCUGUCCCAAAUAUAGCCCGGGCUACUAAUUGAAGCUUUUCAAUAGUAACACCUGUGCUUUUCUUACGAUGACAAGUCAAAAUAUCUGCUGUGAAAAUUGUCUGGGUUUAUUUUCUGAGCUGUGCUCGUGUAUCGUUGUGUCAAGACCUAAUUUUAUUUUCUUUAAGAUGAACUCCUCGUCCAGUUCAUACAGAGAGCUGCAGGAAUGAGUCCUAGAACCUGGAAAUGAGUUAGCAUUUUAGCACUCCCUGUUCCCUUGUCCUGAAGUCAGUGGGUUUUUGGUGCCUGAAACAGAGUCUGUGGUGAACACAAGCUUUAGAGACUUUUAUGUUUUGUUCUGCGAGAUAAAAUAUGUCAGUAAACGCCCCACUGUGAACUCUAAAGCUUUUACCUGUCUGAAAACAGGUGUUUGCUGACAAGUGCCUCAGUGAGACAACAGAGGUUGUUGAGGUACUGCUUGAGAUCGGUCUCUGCCUCAAGACUGCUUUUUGAAGGUCUCUGUCUCGUCUCAGACUCAGCUGCAUUUUUACUCAGUCUAGUUUUGGUCUCAGACAAGAAGGACUCAGACUUUUAUGUCAAAGUUCGUCAGGACCACAACUGAGGGAAUCUCAACUAACUGGCAAAAUAGAAAAGUUGAAUUAAGACGGUGAAAAUUAUUUAGCCUUCUUGGUAUUUGUUUGUAGUUGUUUACUCAUAGAAAACAAAGGAAAUGCUCUCACACUGAAUUCACCUCUGCAGUGCCUUCUGAUUAUUUUAUCAAGAGGUGAAUGAAGACGCAUCAUGGUUUUUAGUGUCCAUGGUUGCACAUGCAUGUUGCACAUUUUAUUUUUAGUGUGUCAUGCAUUGUGGGAGUGGCCCUGGUCUGGUCUUGACUCUGUCUGAUCCCUACAAAGUCUUGUGUGUCGGUCUUGAUACACUUUGCUCUCUCGGUUUAGGUGGUUUUGACUGCAACUCUGUUGGCUGAACAACAAAAAAGUCAUGCGAGUUUGUUUAUAGCUUAACGUUGUAUUUUUACUUGGGCAACUGCAUUUAGGCAAAAAUCAUAAAAGUCGUUAUCACUUGUGAAAAUUAUCUUGCUGAACAAAAUGUGUAAGAGUUUAUUUUUGGCAAUAAUCCAAAAUCCAGUGGAAAAUCCCAUCAGCUGUUUGAUGAGGGAACCAGGGCGACGUUAGAUUCCAGGUUGGCCGACAGAAAAACUUCGUCCCUGCAGCACUCUGUUGUGGAGAUCUACCGUUCUGUCAGUCAGUCCAUGUUGUGAUGUGUCUUUGCAUAUAAACUGCACUAUUAACUUUUAUUCUUUACAGGGUUCAAAAUGCAUCUGAACAUUGUUGUUGUUAAACGAUACACAACCAAAGGUUUGAUGGUACACUGUCGCUGUCAUUAGUCCAGUCAGCUCUAAAGGAAGGGUUUGACAUUUUGCGAGUUAGCAAAGAAGACAGAUGCUGAAAAAGAUGCUUGUAAAAAACAAUAAUUCACAACUUCCUGGAGGCUCAUGGUAUUAUUAUUAUUUAAUCAUAGUUUUGUACAAAUGAAACAGAAAGAUACAGCAAGUGAAUUAGUUGGCUUUAGAGGUGCUGCAAGUUGCAUUUAAUCACCACCUUUUAUUAGUAUGUACAAAUAUGACAGUGGUAUCAAUCUUUUAAUCUAAUUCCUAAAUGUCAAACUCUACCUUUACCUGUGUAGAGUGCAGCUCUAUUCUCUUAAGUGUUGUUGAACUCAUUUUCAUACAUACACAUUUAUCUCUGCAGCACUUCUAAUGAAGAAGUCCAGACAUUGAGUCUUUGUUGAAAGGACACAGUCUAGUUAUUGCUCCUUAAGACUUUGUGCCUCAGAUUUAAAGACCUUUUUUAAAAUUUUAAUCCUGAUGUUUGGUUAUUAAAAUAUUUUACACUGAGUAUUAAUGAAAACGUGUCUUUUUAAAGUGGAAGAUGGAGAAAGUGCUGUGAUACUUCUGAGAUGUGUGUCGAUGAUUUUGUUAUUGUGAGUAAUUCAGGGGGAAAAUUUCACCUGGUAACAUUUGAAAUGAACGAUGUAUUCCUGCGGGCCUCGAGUUUGCACUGACGAGGCUCACGUGCCUUAAAUGUGAAUGUAUUUGCACUGUGAUAAAAAUUAAAAAUAAAUCAAAAGAA